UCAGUGAUCAAAGUGAGUUAGGGUUAUCAUUUCGAAUACAUUACAAUUUCAAUGCGGAAGCAAGACGAAUCCCGAAAUAAAUCGUUUGUAGUGAUUUAAAAACACUGAUUAUGACCUCAACGAUCGAAAUAGUUUGAAAAAAUUUUAUCACGCUUCUGUACACCAAUGCAAUCGAAAAGUGAAUUCAGAAAAUGUCCAAACACGACUAUCUUCAUUCAGCUCAAAUGAGCUGAGCUCAUAUUCAUUCAACGACUGAAAUGAAAUCUCCGUCGAAAAAAGCCGAGAAAAAAGGUUGUUCGUAAAUCUCAUUGUAAAAAUCUCAGAAAACCCAAACAAAUCGUAAGCCUAAUUUCAAUAAACAAAGUUCCUAAAAAAAAGUGGUCGCUUGAGCAAUUGCCAAUAAUUUAAAAACAGUGUAAACUGAAGAUUAAACUCUCGCUCACGAUUGAAUUGAAUUAUCUCUGGCUGUGUAAAUAAAACUGGGUGAUGAAAUGUGGAUUUUGGUGUGAAGCCAAGCGCGUACAAUUUGAAAUGCUAUUAUUUUUUAGUGAUUAGUCGCGCAAUUGACGGAUGUUAUAUACUACUACUCAUCUACACAUGCACAAAGCCAUCGCAAAAUUCGUUCUACAAAUAAAACGGAGGACGACGGCGGCGACGGCACAUAGUGAAUCAAAGAUAUGAAGUUCCUUUGUCGUCUUGCAUUGAGAUUCAAAUUAGUUGUGUCAGCUAACAAUUUAAAUUAGAGGCAAACAGAAUGGAAUGAGUGCGAUAAAGAAAACGCGCCUCGUGUAUAUGUCCAGUGAAUGGUGUGUAUAUACGAAUCAUGUCCGUUGAAUUUUGUCUAAAUGAGAGAUAGGCUAAGUUGCGAUUGCUGCUGGUAGACAGAGCAAUAGAGUGUCGGACGAAUAAAUUCAAUUGAUACGCCGAAAACAACGGAGAGUCACAAAAAACAGUACAACGCAAGCAAAUUGAGUUAAAAAAAAUAACCAACAGAGUCAAAUGCUUGUGAACCAUAUGAAUGAAAAAAAUGCGGCAACAAAUGCAAGUAGUGGAAGUGUAGAAGAGAAGGCACAUAGAGCGCGCACGGAGUUGGUGUUUAUAUUCCGUCAUAUGCAUGCAAACAGGCGACAGUUACUCCUCAUGACGAGCAGCUACCGCUGCUGCUGCACAACGCGUAAACAUAUGUUUUAUGUGUCUAUCGAUGUACGUGCGUAUAUUCCAAUAUAGAAUUCGCUUUUGGCAACACGAACAUGCGCAUUCGAAUCUUUGAUUACGCUGUGAAUAUACACUGUUUGACACUCGGUAAAUUGGUCGAUGGGGAAGAGAACGAGAGUGAAUGAGAGAUGAUUUUAUUUUCUGUCCCACUUCGUUGUUAUUUCGAUGUGUGUUGUGUUUAAUAUGAAUGUUGAGCUCCGUACAAAAUGGACCUUUGUCACAUCACAUCAUUUGCAUUCACUCCUUACAAAACAAUCAAACCAAAUACAAUCUCAAUACUCAAGCACAUCGCUCGUGAACCAUUAUACUCAUAAAUAUAGUUGUUGUUUUUUUUUUCAUCAUUUUUUCCUCGGUUUUUAAGAUAUAGUAAAUAGAGUUGUUAUUCAGUGUGAAUUCAUACAAGAGAAAUGGUGACAGUGAAACAAAAAAAAAACGGGACGCAAAAAUGAGAUUCGAUUUUGUUCUGUAAGAGCAUAAACCAGCGACAGAGAUAAGGAGUAGCAAAAACAUUUCAGUACCGAACGCACACAAACAAAAGACGACAAACAAAAGACCGGGUGUCAAAAGAAAAACGGGGACAAUUCAUUCAAAUCUAAUAUUCCAAAAAGGGCAUAAAAGUGAUAAUUCCAAAGAGAUAUAUCCUCUGAGAGCGAUUUGAUACCAGAAGCAAGCGCAUUUUUUUGGUUCAUCAGAAUCCAACGAAUGAAAUCGAAAAAUCGAACAAAAGGCGAAGCAUGAACGAAAAAAGAACAGAACCUACUACAGACACACACACAUAAAAUGAACCAAGCCACAUGAAUGAAAGGAGCAUUAUGGUUGACCCCGUUGCUUUUACCGAUGACUUCCACUUCAAUGUUCAUUUAAGUCAAUCGACACACUGUGGCACUAAUUUCUAGUCGUUGGAAGUGAGUGAAUGUGAGAGUGAAGAAAAAAUAGACGCGAAAUGACGUUGGGACAAAAAAAAGAGAACAUUUUAAAAUACCGCUAAUCGUAUUUCAUAUUUCAAACGAUGAAUUGUUGUUGUAUUGACAAUUGACCGAAAUAAAAAUAAAAAUGAGCAACUAAAACACUAACUGAUUGCAACAAUAAUGUAAACAACCAAUUUCAGUGUGCAACGUCAAUUGAAAUACUCAGCAAGCCAAAGUUCCAUAGAAAUCUUCACCGUUGUGUGUCAUUGUGUUUUUUUUUUCUCCCCCGUCGUCGUCGUAGUCGUUUCUGUUUUGUGACACAAAAAAAAUUGCAAACAUCGCACAAAAAUUUUGCGCGUACUCUACACUCCAGAUAUGCAAACUUCAAUCAAAAUUUAGUUUCGUUGACAAAACGAUAUCAAAUAAAUAACUGAACAUUUAGUCAGCAACAUCAAGUACGAUAAAACUCAACCGAAUUGCCGCAAUAAUUGAUAUUACUCCUCAUAAACAGAACCAGAAUCAACGCAACAUGAGACAUUUCCUUCGAUAAAAAAAAAAAAUUCAAACUGACCAACGAAUUUUUGCUUUCGUUUAAAAUGAAUCAGAGAAAUGAAACGGAACUUUCAGUUCAGUAUGAAAUUCGUAGUUUAAUACACCCGACGUGAUAAAUAAUCCACACGAAAAAGAACAAUUCAACAACUCAUGUGCUCAUGAGUUUAUCAUCAAAGGAGUGUUCGCGUUUUGGAUUUGAUAACAGAGAAAAAUCACAGUUUUUGGAUAUAACUUUUAAAAAAAGGUCCACUUUUUUGAUGUUGUGUCAGGAAAAAAAUAGACGAGAUUUGAUUCCAUUGGAGAAAAAUCGAGUUUUUUCAUCGCAUUUCUUUUUUUUUGCCGGAAUUUAUUGAUCAACAUAAAUUUUUUAGUGAAAAUAUUGACAAAUUUAAUGGAAUUUGAAAAUGAAACAAAACCUACUGCGAUAAAAACAUGGACAAAAUGUGUUAUCACACUGACUUUUUGCAGUGAAUAAGUAGAAAAAAGAUAUUGAUAUUCAACAAAACCAAAGAAAAAGAAUAAGUAAAACUCGUGUGUUCGGAAGUAUUUGAAUUUGGCUGUGUCUUCCGGUUCGAUCGCUAUUGUUGUGAGUGAAAGAGAGAGAGAGGGAGAGAGAGAGAGAGAGAUAUAGAGCAAGGAAGAGAGAGAGGAAGAAAGAGGAAGAGAGUGAAAUGCAAUUGCCUACAUUGAAAAUUGCAUUUUACCGGCGAGAAUUGAAUAAUGUAAUAUUCCCCUAAACCUGAAUGAAAAAAGCAAAACAAAGCAAAACGAAAAAUUGUGAUAUUUCAAACCGAAACUAAAUAGAGAAAGAAAAGCUAUAGGAUAAUCAAACUAAAACAAAUUUACAAAACAUUGAACGCAAAAGAAGAUGACAAAAUACACGUUAUUGGUUGAUAAUAAAUCGUCGUAUCGCCAUGUAGCUGGAUGGUUUCCGAUAAAGAAUGGUCCGAUGUUUGUGUUGUUUGUGAUUGGUGUGACGAUUGGGGUGUCAUUUGCCCUGAUGUAUACUCAAUACGAGCGAAUGGUGAGCAGUCAAACGCAUCAGUUGCAUUUAGAGCGUUUAAGUAUGUUAGCCGAUGAGGAAAUGAUGCAUGCAACAGUGAAUGAAAAUGCCACCUCCAUCAACACCAAUGCAAAACAUUCGGCGGCAGCAGCAGGGGCGACAAUCGUCGGUGGUGAAGAUGUGCAUGCCAUUGAAAAUCGCACCGUAUCCAUGCAGCUGUACAAUGAUGUACGGAUAUUGUGUUGGAUUUUAACAACGCCAAAAAAUCAUCGCACCCGUGCAAUUCAUGUGAAACGAACAUGGGGCCAACGAUGCAAUAAGCUGAUAUUUAUGAGCACGCGAUAUGACAAAUCACUUGAUUCUGUUGCGCUAAAUGUGAGCGGCGACAAUCCGGCUGUGACAUGGGGCAAAACAAAACGUGCUUUUCAAUACGUUUAUCAACAUUAUCGCAACGAAGCCGAUUGGUUUUUAAAGGCCGACGAUGAUACUUACGUGAUUUUAGAGAAUUUACGCUAUUUUCUAUAUGCAUACUCAACACAAGAUCCCAUUUACUUUGGUUAUAAAAUGAAUGAAGCAACGGCAUUGAAACGUGGCUAUUUUUCCGGUGGUGCUGGCUAUGUACUCAGUCAAAAUGCAUUGCAUCGAUUUUUCAAUUUGAUGUCACAUCGAUCGACUGUGUCGUCAUCACCGUCGCAUACACCAAAUUGUCGCAUUGACAUUGAUAGGGGUGUUGAAGAUCUGGAAAUGGGCAAAUGCAUGGAGGCGUUGGGCGUUUUAGCCGGUGAUACACGUGACGAAAUGAAACGUGGACGCUUCUUUCCCAAUACACCCGAAACUCAUUUGAUACCCGGCAAAAUUGAUACGGCACAAUUGAAACACAACUGGUAUCAAUCGGUGGAAGGACACUGUUGCUCCGAUAAUGCCAUCUCAUUUCAUCACAUACGACCCGAACAAAUGUACGUACUGGACUAUUUGAUCUAUCAUCUGAGACCGUAUGGCAUUGUACCAUUCCCACAACCGCUUCCGAAAAAAGUGAAUUUCAGCGAAAUUUUCGCACAAUUAGACGACGAAAAACCCGAUUCAGCAAAUUGAUCAAAUCAAUUGAUAGGCAUUUUUGUUUUCCUUUUUUUUACUACCAAAGACUUUGUAAAUACACAACAUUGCAAAUUGAUAUUAGGAAACAUAAAUGAAAAGAAAUUUUUUUCCAUUCUCAAA